AUGCAACGCGCGCAUUGUCGCUGAGUGUGGCUGCGACAGGAUGCGGACACGGUUAUAAGGUCGUCGCUAAACAUAACAGAAGAAAGUAGAGAGAUAAACAUCACCGAAAGGAUAUUCUGUCCCACAUUUCUCCUUUAGCGAAACGGGUCUUCAGUGAUAGGUCAUCAUGCAGACUGCUGUGCUGAGCCUCCAGAGCUUAUAUGAUAAGCUGAGGACGCAGGUCGACCUUCUCAAUGAGAACAUUGAACCCAACUUCAUCCAGAUGGCACUAAACUUUGAUGACUGUCGUCGCAGAUGGCUGAGGGCCGAGCAGGAUCUGGGCUCGUGCAAAGAGGUGCUCACCAAGGCAGAGACGGAGAGGGGAUCCCUGGAGGUCAAACUGAAACAUGCCCGCAACCAAGUGGACGUGGAGAUCCGGCGCAGACAAAAGGCUGAGGCUGACUGCGAGAAGCUGGACCGUCAGAUUCAGUUGAUCCGGGACCUCCUGACCAGCGAGGGAUCCUCCAACAGCAUCCAGCUGAGUGCAGAGCAGCGCUCGGCUCUCGCCUUCCUGAACACAAACUGCCAGCCAGCAGCCAGCCUGAACACCAGCCGGAGACUGACGACGAUCGACGAAUCCGCCUCCAUCUUGUCAGAUAUCAGCUACGACAAAACGGACGACUCUCUUGAUUGGGACUCCUCCACUGUGAGGACCGUGCGCCUCAAGAAAAGAGAGAAACGGCGCUCCUCGAGAAAUCACAUCGACGGUCCUCCGGGCGCCUCCAAGCGGACUCGAUCAGCGGGCAGAACCUCAGAGCGGGGGAACGAGACCCUCGUGACGAAGACGACGGUGACGGUUCCGGCGAACGGGGGCCCUGUGGAGGCAGUGUCCACCAUUGAGACGGUUCCUUACUGGACUCGCAGCCGGAGAAAGACUUCUGCCAUGGAGUGGGACUCUGAGUCUGUCAAGUCUGACGAUGUCUUCAAGCAGCCUGGCAUCCCUGAGGCAGAGAGGAAAGCUGCACCCAGCACUCCCCAGAGCCACGGGGGGGUCCGGCUCCACGACUUUGUCUCCAAAACUGUCAUUAAGCCCGAGUCGUGCGUUCCUUGUGGAAAGAGGAUCAAGUUUGGCAAGAUUUCCCUGAAGUGCCGCGACUGCAGGGUGGUCUCGCACCCCGAGUGUCGCGAGCGCUGCCCUCUGCCGUGCAUCCCUAACCUGGGCGCCACGCCGGUCAAAAUCGGAGAGGGUGUGCUUGCAGACUACGUCCCCGACACGUCGCCCAUGAUUCCUCCUCUGGUCGUCCACUGCAUCAGUGAGAUCGAGCAGAGGGGCCUGCAUGAGGCUGGACUUUACCGUCUGUCCGGUUCUGAUCGCACCGUGAAGGAUCUGAAGGAGAAGUUUCUCCGCAGCAAAACGGUUCCCGUGCUCAGCAGGGUGGACGACAUCAACGCCAUCACCGGCCUCCUCAAGGACUUCCUGAGGAGCCUCAAGGAGCCUCUUCUCACCUUCCGCCUCAACCGCACCUUCAUGGAGGCAGCCGAGGUUUCAGACGACGACAACAGCAUCGCUCUGAUGUACCAAACCGUGGGAGACCUGCCGCAGGCCAACAGGGACACGCUGGCGUUCUUAGUUCUUCACCUUCAGAGAGUUGCUGACAGUUUGGACACGAGGAUGGACAUCAGUAACUUGGCUCGAGUGUUCGGUCCAACUAUUCUGGGUCAUGCCGUUCCGAACCCCGACCCCAUGACGAUCCUGCAGGACACCAAACGACAGCCCAAGGUGGUGGAGCGUCUCCUGUCUCUGCCGGUGGAUUACUGGGCCCAGUUUGUGAUGGCAGGAAACGAGCCGCCCAACUUGGAUCACCUGAUCAUCGAGAACGCCAACUGCUACGCCACACCCGAGAGAAUGAGCAUGCUGGGACCUCUGACCACUCCGGAGCACCAGCUCAACAAAACUCCCUCCUCCAGCUCCUUGUCUCAGCGCAUGAAGUCCACGCUGACUCCCAGGUUCGGGAGCAAGAGCAAAUCAGCAGUCGGGUUCUCUCGCCCAGGAAAGUUCUUUGCAUCGCCCCUCCUGAAAUAAUCUCUUUAUUCCUGCUGCAAGAACAACCUUGUUUUAGUGUUCAUGCAUAACAUGCCUUCUAAAAAAAAAAAAUAGUAAGAGUUGUAUUUUUAUGAUUUUAUGUGUUUGUAACAGGAUACGCUUAAAAACCAAGUAGGUUUCCAGCGAUGCACGCGCGUCUUUAGCGCCGACACUUUGGCUAAACGUUUAACGAGACGUUAGUGACUCCUUUUGAGAAACGUGCGGUGAAAAUGUGUUGAUUUGCUUCUAAAUUCAAGUUUUUCUUUUGGCGGUUCUUCAACUCAUGUGUCACUCAGAAGUUGAAGAACGCCUCUUUGGCAUUUCAUUGUGCGUUGUAACUGAACGUGUGACGGCGAGUAACUUUCUACGUUUUUUUCGAUGUUUGUAUUUCAUUCCCGUGAAGUGUUGAUCGUCUUCGUCCUCGGGGGGGGGGGGGACGAGGCUGCACGUGGUUGCACGUGGUUGCAGGCUGCACUGGCUGUGAGGUCACCGGCAAUUGGCAUUAAUCUCUUUAAAAACAUUUUGUUUGAAUAUCUUCACUGCCAGCGAUGACCCGGAACAUCGCUCACUGCUUCCUGUCCCGGCUGUGACCUGUCGACACUACUUCUCGUGUUUAUUGUGCGUGUGAUGUUUGUCCUGUGGGAAGACGCUCCUCAUGCAAAAGGCAAUUACUUUAUACGAUUAGCCAGUUAAGUUGCCGUGGCAUUAUUUGAUAACUUAGCAUUUUGUACACAAGUACUCGUUCUGAAAGUCGUGUAACUUAUAAAAUACAUUUCUAACCUUGA